UCGAAAAAGAAUUAUGCACGAAAGCCGCAGCAGUGAAUUUAUCGCUUGGCCGAGAGUGAUGUAACACUAAGCCUUCGAAUUCGAAGGACGCGAUAAGCAAAGUUUGCUCGCGGCUUGCAGACGAUUCCUUUUCCGCUGCCAGUGCAUCCUCGCAUGCAAUUUAUUAAUUGGUUUUUGUUUGAAUAAAUAUUAAAUUAAAAUGGCGGAUAAGCUGCAAACGUACCAAAUCACCAUUUUCACAAUGCUAUUCGUGGGAUAUGCAUGCUACGCCUACAACCGAAAAAGCGUUUCGCUUGCCAUGCCCAAGUUGAUGGAGGAAGGCCUGGAUAAAAAUCAAGCGGGGCUGAUCAUCAGUUGCCAAAACGUGGCAUAUGCCAUCAGCAAGUUUCUAGGCGGAAUCUUGUCGGACCGCAUCAGCGCUCGCAUCCUGUUUUCAGUGGGGUUGACUUUCUGCGGAUUGGUCACUCUCGUUUUCGCCACUUCCUCCUCGGUACCAGUCUUUGCCUUGCUUUGGUUCCUCAACGGAUUCGGGCAGGGCUGUGGAUGGCCUGCCUGCUCCAAGAUCCUCAGGCAGUGGUUCUCCCCGACCCAGUUCGGCACCUGGUGGAGCGUGCUGUCAGCCAGCGCUAACAUCUCCGGGGGUCUUUCCCCUUUCUUUACGGCCUUUCUCAUCCUCAACUAUGGAUGGAGAUUCUCUCUCUUCCUGGCUGGCACCAUUUCUGUGGGUCUCGGAGUUGUGGCCCUGAUCGCCCUGGUGAAUUCACCCGUGGAUGUUGGCCUUCCUUCUUUCUCGACUGCAGGAGAAAAAAAAGACAAAGGUGAAUCCUCUUCCAGCGAGGCCACCGUCAAAGAUUUGUUGAAAUGCCCUUCCCUGUGGCUCGUAUCUUUCUGCUACAUGGUGGUGUUCUGCGCGAAGACUGGCACAGUUGACUGGGGUCAGCUCUACUUGCUGGAGGACAGGAAACACACGCAGUAUGUGGCGAGUGCCUUCACCAGCAGUGUGGAGAGUGGAGGUUUCCUGGGUGGAAUCUUGGCGGGAUACUUGACGGAUCUGGUCCUCAGAAACCGACCCGCGGACGCAAACAAGCAGCGUGGAAAUCCCCGGAUGCCCAUGGCUGCUUUUUUCAUGGUUUGUGUUUUGGGAUGUCUUCAUCUGCUGCAGUUUUCUAUUACUGAAGAAUCUUCUAAGCUCUGGAUCUCCACUAUCGGUUUCCUGCUUGGUGCCGGGUUUUAUGGACCUAUCGCCAUCUAUGGUGUCGUGGCCUCGGAAAGUGCCCCUAUUCAUUUGAGUGGCACUUCUCACGCUGUGGUUGCCUUGGCGGCAAACAUUGGUGCCAUUAUUUCCGGUCUCCCCUUCAGUUACAUCGCCAAAUACUACAGCUGGUCCGCCAUCUUUUUCAUCCUGGAGGUGACUACUGCUGUCAACUUGGUCAUCAUGUUCCUUUGCAGAAAUCUGAAUUACAACAUGGCCAAAACUAAAAAGGACUAAAAGUCGAACUUGUUAUUGUUUUAGAAUUGUGUUUAGUUUUAACGAGAAACUGAAACAUAUCAGCUAAUUUGUGUGUAUUUAUUUGCUUUUUGUGCAAGAACUAGUUUGUAUGCCAUAUCAGCGUUUUUUAUGUAUAUUCUUGGGUUAGACAUGAGAGCACUGUACUUUCAUCAACCUUCAUGAUUAUAGUCAAUUACGAUGUUUUAAUUGCUUAAAUAUAAUAUUAAAUUAGGUUUUAUUGUUUAAAUAUAAUAUUCAAACCAGUUUGGCGAGUUAUUACUUGAACCAAAUUAUGUUUGGUGGCAGAACUAUGCCUUCAGGCCUACUCUAUUUUGCAUUAGAUAGUUUGCAAUGAUUUCGACCAUUCAGAGUAAGUAUGAUGUUUAAUCUAUAUUUAUGAACAUCACACAAAUACAAACAAUGCUGUUGUGAAUUUUUGAUUUCUAAUUUAUUAUUUUAGAAGAAUAUUGAGAAUUCUAAGUAAAAUAAAUAAGAAAACAAAGCAGCUAGUUUGUUAUUGUAUUAUGAAUUGAUAGAAUUUUUAAUUUCAUUCCUAUUUGAUAAUUUUAUUAAAAAUUGAUGAUAAAAAAGUAAUGAGGUAAUUAGCAUCAUCAAAUAAAAUUAGUAAAAUCAACUGCAUAGUAAGUAAAGGUAAUCAUCGGGAAAGUAAGUAAAGGUCUCUUUAUUUGUUGCAAUAAACAUUAAAUAGUUGACCUUUUUCCAGAUAUAUGAUGAAAAAAGAGUGUUGGUAAUGUCUAAAUGUGUAAAACGUCACAGUGAAACUUGACUAGUUUAAAAGUUUUGGAUUCGAAUUUGUAGGCAAUUCGAAUAUUUUCCAGAUUUCUGGAAUUAUCUGUUAACAUAUUCGCAAAAUAUACUGUCAUCUCGAAUUCAUUCUUACUAAUUUGAAGCCAAAUUAAAAAUUACAAAUUGUUUCUAUUUAUGAAUUAAACUCGUCAUUUAAACGCGUUCACAGUUUUUUUUUUGUGUGUGUUAAUAUUCGUAUGAUUUUAAUUUACUCCAAGAUUUGAUUUUAGUGCUGCGCAUUUUCUUUUUUAAAGCAUUUUCUAACACGGAAUGUGAAUUAAAUGUUAUUUCCAAGUUUUGUUAUUCAUUUGUUUUAUUCAAGGUGUUAUAUAUUGUUGAUUUUUUUUAAAAUUUAUUUUCUUAAGCCAUUUUAUUGACUAUCAUUACAUUACUUUAUUAUUCAUUAAUGUAUUAUUUAUUAAAAAUUUUGAAUAAUAUUUAUUGCCAUAUUUAAUUUUACUCUAUGCACUAUUUUUCCCAUUCCAGAUUUUCUUAGUUCCAAUUUGCUUAUAAAUCGAAUUUUUAUAAUUGAUGUCCCGUCAGCUUCGAAUUAGCCAAAUUCGACACAAUAAUUUCUGGAUCUCCGAUUUCCCCCUACUUUUUUUUUAACCUGAAUCGAGUGCCCUAUGUAUAAUAGAUAAUAUACAAACCAUUUCUUAUUGUGUUGCGAAGCAUUAAAUGAUAUUCUUCAUUUAUUCCUCUUUGUUUCCUUCGAAUUUGUUUUUCUGAAAAGUUAAUCGAUGAUAAAAAUCAGUAAAGAAAUUUGCUUCAUUAAAUAGAAAUUAGAAAGAAAAUCUGAACAGCAAGCGAAGGUUUUUUAUUUUAUUCAAGAAGCUUUUACUAGCUCACAUAUUUUGAGAUGCUGGAAGAAAAAUAGCACUUAAAUUGUCCCAUUUCUUGAUACACUUUCGAUAUUAUUCCAUUUAGUUGUAUGAAAUAUAUUUAUAGAGUUCACAUAAAUUUAUCAACUAUGAAAUUAUUUAAUGAAAAGCAAUACUCUUUCAAAAUGGAUAUUUUCUAUAUACAAAUUUCGGUAAAAAAAUAUAGCAAAUAGAAUAUAGAUUAAAAAUAAAAUAUGAUUAAAAUAUUAAAAUGUCCAGAGUUCAUUUUGUGUUCAUCUACAUUCCUGAUGUAAGCUCAAUGAUACGUGAUAUACGGAUACUCUUUUGAUUGCUAUUUUCGAGAAGAAAAAAACUUUUUUAAUUGUUUCUAUAAAUAUUUUGCUUUAUUGCUGAAAAUAAACUUUUUCCUGAACUCUG